GUUUCUCAUCACUCUGUUACGAGGCUUUAAAUUUGGACUCAUUGUACCAGUGUGUUAUAGACAGUCACACUUUUCUUUUUACAAAGAACACAUGAAACUGAGUACUCUGUUUCUUGGAGCCUAAGAUACAGACCAACUCAGAAAUCUACUAUCCUUCAGGCUAAUCCAAAACUGCUACAAAAAAAUGUCAGAUUUAGAUAAGAAGAAGAACAACAAUGAGAACCGAAAUUCAAUAUCAGUAUCAUAUGUAUCAGAUCUUCAUAUAAACGUAAAGGGUGUUCCAUUUCAUCUUUGCAAAGAAAUGUUAGCAAAGAGAUCGUCGAAAGUGAGCUCAUUACUCGAGCGAAACGAGAUCGAUGAGCUGCGUUUGAUCCUACGAGAUUUAGAAGUCGAUCCAGAAACCUUUGAGCUCGUUGAAAGAUUUUGUAAUGGCUGUGAAUUCAAGUUUACGUCUGAUACCAUCGUCUCUGUUCUCUGCAUCGCGUAUUACUUAGGGAUGAAUGAAGAACAAAGCUCUAAUAACUUGUUGGGAAAGGCAUCUGAGUUCUUAGAGCAACGAGUUUUACCGAGCUGGAGUGAGACUGUAAAUGCUCUUCGUUCAGGGGACAAGAGUUUCGACAAGCUAACUGAUGUUGGACUCGUUGAUCUCUUCUUCGAUUCCCUUAUCGAAAAAGCUUCCUAUGAUCCAAGACUCCUUGGUGAACUGAUCAAGAACAGAGUGGAAACCGAUGAUUAUAGACCUAACCCUAGGAGACGAUUGUUUGUUAUAGAUUGGAAAUCGGAAGAUCUGAUCACAAUUCCGCUUCGGUUAUAUGAACCUUUGAUGAUCCGAGCAAUUAAAUCCCGCAGCAUUCCCGUGGAAUACAUCGUUUUAUCUGUCUGUAAAUACGCGAAGAAAUGGGUUUUCGAUGCAGAAGAAAGCCUUUCAGGGCAAAAGAGAGAAGCAAUUGAAGCGGUUGAGCGGCUUUUGCCACAUCAGAGGGGGCUAAUCUCUUGUGAACUCUUAUUCGAAUCGUUAAAACAUUCGAUCUGGUUAGAAGCCAACUCCGAAUGUCGAAAUGGAUUCAUGAUCAGAAUCUGCAAGCAACUCGACAUGGCUAAGUCAACAGAUCUCAAGAUUCUAUCCCGAGGAUACGGAGAAAAAGCUGAGGGUUACGAAAAUAUCGAACUCGUUAAAACCGUUGUAAAGAGCUUUUACACUUACUACGCCAAUGAAGACUCUGAAAAUGUUUCACAUUUCGUGAAAGUAGCAAAACUGUCGGAAGAAUUUCUAUUCUUGGCUGCGAGUGAGGCUUCUCUGAAGCUCGAGGCGUUUGUGGAGUUAGCAGAGAUGACAGUGGCAAUUUCGCAAGGUAUUUUGAGCUACUCAGAUGGGAUUUACAGAGGCAUUGAUGAAUUCUUGGAGAGCCACGGAUACUUAACUGAAUCAGAGAAGAUGGAAGUUUGUAAAGUUCUUGAAUGUAGUAAACUCUCUCAAGAAGGAUGCGAGCGAGCCGCGAGAAACCAGAAGCUUCCUGUUAGAAUCGUUCUUCAAGUUUUGUUUGUUUCUCAGCUUCAGAUACGUGAUACAGUGGCUAAAGAGAUUAAGGGUAUGGAAGAGAAAGUAGAUGAAGAAGAAGAAGAGAUUGGGGUUUCGAGCGAUGAAGAUGAGAUGGAGAAGAUGAGUAAUAAGCUGUUAGGACUUGAGAUUGAGAAUGAUGAAUGUGUUGUUCAUCGUUGGAAGAAGACGAAGAAGAAGAAGAUAAGUGUGUGGGGACAAGUGAAGAGGAAGUUUGGUUGCUUGACUUCUUCUUCUUAUUCAGUUGAUGCUUGCACCUGUGAUGUCAAGAAGAAGAAGAAGAAGAAGAUUCAUCAUCAUCACUACAAAUAACUAGAAUAAAACCACUCUGUCUCUGUUUUUUGUUUACUACAUUGGGUCCAUGGUUCUGUUCUUGUUCAUGCUCUGUUUCUGACAUUGGAGAAAACUUUUAUCAGGUUCUGUUUUUUUGGGUGUGUGUGA